AUAUCUUCCUGUGGCACCACCGCUUACAGCUGACCAACAUUUUGCUGCUGCCCAAUCAAUCAUAAUUGCAUUUCGCACUCUUUCUCUGUUCUUCUUCAGUUGUCUUUCUUGGUGUGCACAUGGUUGGGACGAGAAAAUAACUUUUUCUAAGAUUGAAGAAUAUAUUUCCAUCACUCUAUAUCCCACACCAAUGCAAUUCGCUUUGAGCAACACCCCAUUAAUAUAAUUUGGUUGUCAAUUCCAGGAACUUCAGAAUUUCAAAUGGAGCUGAGUAACAUCAAAGAUGCAUUUGAUCGUGUUACAAAGAAGCAGAUAUCGUUGUCCUCAAAAUUUCAAGAAAUAAUUGAACAAAUUGGGCAAGAGAUAGAACAAACAUUAUCUAGAAUACAAUCAGGUCAUGCAUCUGCAUCUGAUUGUAAGUUGAUCCUUGGUGAAGUAAAAGCCAAGUUGAAAGAAAUUGCUCCACUCAACCAGAUGGAAGGCACACAAAAGGAAUUGAACAUUGCUUUGAGCAAGUAUCCAAAAAUCCUUGAGAAAUCCUUCAAUCCCGAUAUAUCGAAGGCUUAUCGUAAUGUUGAUUUUGAUAUUCAUACUGCCAAUCAAAUCAUUGCCAGUCAUUUCUAUCGGGAGGGUCAGUUUGAUAUUGGUGAUUUUUUCGUCCACGAGUCCGGGAAACCAGAAGCUGCGGCUGAUAAAUCUCCUUUUUUGGAAAUGUAUCAAAUACUUGAAGCCAUGGAGUCACAUAACCUGGAGCCUGCUCUGAAUUGGGCUUCCACCAACAAGGAACAACUUAUACGAAGUGGAUCUGACAUUGAACUGAAGUUUCAUCACCUUCGGUUUGUGGAGAUCUUGCAGAACAACGGCAGUGAUGAAGCUCUGAAGUAUGCUAGAACAUUUUUCGCUCCUUAUGCUUCCAGUCAUAUGGCUGAAAUUCAAAAGCUUAUGGCUUGUCUUGUAUGGGCUGGGAGUCUCGAUUCCUCUCCAUAUUCCGAAUUAUUAUCCCCUGUGCACUGGGACAAAUUGGCUGAGGAGUUCACCCGGCAGUUCUGCAACCUUAUUGAGCAAUCAUAUGAGAGUCCGUUGAGUGUGACAAUUGCAGCUGGAGUUCAGGGGUUGCCAACCCUUCUAAAACUGGUGAAUGUCAUGACUGGUAAAAUGCAUGAAUGGCAAUCCAUGAAACAAUUACCCGUGCCCGUGGAUUUGGACGGAGAAUUCCAGUUCCAUUCGAUGUUUGUUUGUCCUGUGAGCCGGGAUAUAGCAAGUGAAGAGAACUCCCCUAUGCUGAUGUCAUGCGGUCAUGUACUGUGUAAGCAAUCUAUUACAAAGCUGUCCAAAAAUAAUAGCACUCGGCCUUUCAAGUGUCCUUACUGUCCCUCUCUGGUCGAAGCAGGUCAGUGCAGGCAGCUUUGUUUCUGAUCUUUGUUAAAAGAUUUACUAUGCCCCAUCCAAAAAAAAAAAAAAAAACUGUAAUGUUAUGAAACUUAGGGACACGAUAUCAUCUAGGGUAGAUUUGGUCUCUGUAUAACGUUUAGUGAACUGUAAAUAGAUAUUCUUUGCAUAUUUAUGGCAGUAUCAUAGGCAUGUAUUUUUCA